AUGGCCCGCAGACCAUCGUAUCCAUCCGCUGCAGCGGUUCCUGUCGAUCCCGCUUCCGAGGGAACCCUACCUCCAAACGGCAAUUAUCAGGUUCUUGACCCAGGCUAUGGUCCCCAGACAAUACAUAGAUCUGAACUGCUCUUCAUCAACUCAACUCCUCGUAUGAACUCUAGGCAGAACGGCGAGCUGUCCCCGCAAUCCUCGACCACAUCACCUUCUAUAUCUAGCCAGCUCUACCCAUAUCACCAGCAGGCCUUCUAUCGCUACGCCCCCGCUUCCCAGCCGAGCUCUCCACCACCCCCUGCCGCAACUUACGUCCGGAACGUCCAUGUGCAAUACCCCGAAUAUGUCCAGCGAGCCUUCACAAGCCCCCAGGCAACACAAGGACCUCCACCGCCACCCGUUCCUCCCAAACCAGCACCGAUCACAUCCCCAACACUAGGAACAAGUUCUGCUCCUGUUCUUCAUGAUAUCAGCUACCCCCCCAGACCCCAGUCAUACCAGACAUUCCCUGUUGCACCUCCUAACGCACCUCCUCCUGUACCUCCGCAUGAACCCCCUGCACUACCUCCACUGCCACCUCCCAUCCCCAUACCUGAGUCUCAGGACGCGAGGGAGGCGCAAAUAGCCUCGCCCGUCGAAGAUGGAGAUGAACUAGCGAUGGUCUUGGCUCUUUCACAGUCAGAAUCCGUUCAGAGGCAGAAGAUGGAAGAGAAGUUGUUGGAUCAAGAGGAGCAAGAUCUGGCUAGGGCUCUUGCGGAGUCGUUGCUGUCCACUGGAACCCAUCUUCCUGAUUCAAGCAAUCCAUUCUUUCUGCCUUCUGACGAGGUCGCCACUUCAUCUCGUGUUACUUUGGAUGAGCCCAAGGAUGAGCAUUCGCCCACCCCGACCCCGGCAUUACCCCCACCAGUUCCACAGGAAGCCGCUGCAGCCGCGCAAAACCCUUGGGCGUCAGCAUCAAGUGGUGAUUCCGCCGAAUUUGGGCGAUACGAUAAGUGGCGCAUUCCCCCGCUGCCUGAAAAGCUGAGGGAAGAACCUCCAAUCGCUGAGGAUGAAACAGAAACCAGCAAAGGAAAGAGACCUAUGAUUUCUGAAGGUGGAUCCCAGCCAGAGCAAGCCCCUCAGGCUGAUUCUCCCCGUCGGCCAUUGAGCGCCUCCAGCGUCUCAAUGCUACCUUAUACCCUUCCAAGUCCAGGUGUACAAGAUGAUUCUGAUGGGGGUUCGGGCAGCGAGGAUGCGAAAUCGUUGCCACCAAUGGAAAACUCGACAUCGGCCCAAACAUCUGGCGCGUUCUACAAUGUCGAUGUGUUGGAACAAACUGAGAGCGAUACUGUACUCGUCUUCGACGAUGAAGCUUACGCUCGUCAACUAGCAGCUGAAGAGGAAGAGCUAUUGCGGCAAGAAUUAGAAUCCAGACGCGGGGAGAAAGGAAAUCUUGAGGCAUCACAACCUCAAGAACCGGAGGGGCAGGACCUCCCGCUUUACACAACGCGGGAUCAACAGCUGCCAGAAUGGCAAGCCACAGAGCUGUACUCGGAGUUGUACUCCAAUAAUCGACCGCGAUCCAUGACUACCCCCCAGCGCCAAUCUAGCAUUCAACCUCAUCCCUUGCCAACCCAAUCGAAAGGAAACAGUCGUUCAAAUUAUCCUUCCUCCAUUCCCGAAAAUCAACCGGCCUCCUUUGCAAGACGAGGAUCUGACGCAGGUAUUGCAUCUUCAACACCGAAUGCUCCCCCCUAUGCCUCUCCCUUUCCCAUCCCGCAUCCUUCCCUGGGCAACCGGCGCGAGUCGGAGCCUGAUACCCGCUCUGAUGCAAGCCAUCACUCGUCGACGUACUCAGCUGCAAGCGCUCCAGCUGCAUAUUACGACAGACCCACAAGUCAGUCAGUGUCGUCCUCACCUGCGGCAGGACCAUCCAAUGCUUCCCAACCGGCUCAUCUAUCAGCCCCAGUCGCCGUUAAUCCCAACCACUUCCUCGAUCGCGAAUUGUUAAUGGGUGUUUCUAUUGGGUUCAAGCCGCCUGUUAUCUCAGCCAAGCUUCUACCUAUGCAAGAUCCCAUGCCCAAUAUCAUUUCACUUCCAUACGCGAGAUGUCCACCUCUACACUUUCAAGGGCCAGAUUGGCGGCAUCUCCUGCGUCUUAUGGCUAGGUUGAGCGGAACGAGGAUCGAGCCUACAGUUGAGGCCAUGGCUAUCUGCAAGACGGAGCUUAAACUGCGUACGGUAGUUCAGUUUGUAAAGCCACAUUCGUCCUCUAAUACCUGGCGGACGGUGCUUUGGUUUUCGAUAGACCAUCCUAUUCCUCCUGCCGCCCCAGGAGCGUCUCGAUAUCUAACCGGAAACCCGAACCUUUUGCCAUGGUCGUAUACGCUGUCGCCAAUACCUAUGCUCUUGCGCGAUGCAGCUGACACCCUGAUUUCGAAGGCGUUCACAAUUCCUGUCACGGAUGCUGUCCCCUUGCCCACAUUACCCAUUACGUUCCCGAACUUAGCGCUCUACCUACAAGCAGCUCUGGACGCAUCCCGAAGGCACUCUGAUGCCAAUGGGCAUGGAAAGCUUGGGAGGAUGGUACAGAUGUGCUAUCCACACGUCGAGGAGACCCAUUCCGACUUCGAUAUUCCCGACCGAAGGGGCGGAGUCGAGCGUUUGUUCAAACGGGUCAUUGGACGAUCGAACAAGGAAAAGAAGAAAGGCAAAAGCACCAACAACGAGGAGACCUAUCAGCUCGUCACUCCUUUUGUCCCAGACGAAUGGGGUGCUUAA